AUUGAAAUUUGUGAAGUUUUAAGUAUUGAGUUGUCCAAGGAAGUUCUUGUAUCUGUUUCAUCCUGAAGUGUUUUAACUGCAAGACAACAUUUUCUCCAUCUUUAAUCUUACUGGAUUUGUGGAUUACUCUUCCUCCGGGAUUACAAUUUGAAGAUUGAGACAUCUUUCAUCCAUUUUAUCAUAUCUGAGGCAACUAUUUGACUGAUUUGGAAAAGGGAUUCUCUCGCAAAAUGAGGACGUCUUUGUACAUUCUUGCUUUCGUUAUGGCGAUCAUUGCCACGGUCCGCGCCGGAUGCCCCGCGGUGUGCGAGUGCCCGGGAGGUCGUCCCUCGUGCCCGCCGGGGGUGAGCAUGGUGCCAGACGGCUGCGGCUGCUGCAAGGUGUGUGCCAGCCAGCUGAACCAGGACUGCCACGCUACGCAGCCCUGCGACCACCACAAGGGCCUGGAGUGCAACUAUGGCAACGAUGUGGGCAGCACGCACGGCAUCUGCAGGGCCAAGCUGGAGGGUCGCUCGUGCGAGUACAACGGCCGCAUGUACCAGAACGGCGAGAACUUCCGCGCGGGCUGCAAGCACCAGUGCACGUGUGUGGACGGUGCGGUGGGCUGCGUGCCCCUCUGCCCCACCCACCUGCCCGUGGCGUCGCCCUCCUGCCCGGCCCCGCGCCUCGUCAAGGUGCCCGGCCAGUGCUGCCUGAGCGUGGACUGCCACAAGAGCUCCUCGCUGCUGCCCCCAGUGUUCAGGAGGCCGCAGCCUCCUCCGUUCCUGUACCCGCACCUCCAGCCUUACCCCGUGGAGCCCUACCCGGUGGAUCCCUACCCCAAGCACUACUUCAAGCACUUCCACCACAAGGCCAACAAGGACACCCUCAGCAACGAGCUGCUGCAGGAGGGCGCGGGCAAGAGGUGGGACAAGCCCCGCGGCCCCAAGACGCAGCACCUGGCCGCAUGGAAACAGGAUGGUACUAAACAGUGCGUCGUCCAGACGACGAGCUGGUCCCAGUGUUCGCGUAGCUGUGGCAUGGGAGUGUCCUCCCGGGUCACCAAUAACAACGCCCAGUGCAAACUGGUCAAGGAGACGCGCCUCUGCAACAUCCGACCGUGCAGCUCCAUGGCCGUCCCCAUCAAGCAGAAAGGGAGGAAGUGUUCGCGUACCCAGAAGGCGCCGGAGCCCCUCCGUCUGCACUACGCCGGUUGCCGUAGCGCUCGGCUGUACCGUCCCAACUACUGUGGCGUGUGCCGGGACGGCCGCUGCUGCUCGCCACGCCGCACCCGCACCGCCUCCGUGCGCUUCUCCUGCCCGGACGGCGAGCGUUUCGAGCGCUCUGUCAUGUUCGUGCAGUCCUGCAAGUGCAGCGAGGAGUGCAGCCAUCUCAACGAGGCCGCCCUCCCGCCCCAACGCUGGCUCUACGGCGACACGCACAAGUUCAUCGACUAGCUCCCAAACCCCUUGAAUAACCCCAAACCCUAAUCUCUCUCUCUCUUAUCUCCAUCUCUGUGUCUAUCACUCCCCACCCCCCCCCUUCCCUACCCAGCCAAACCUCUCCACACCCUGGUAGAGUAGUGGUUUCAUGUGUACUUCCCAAGUAGAUGCUAGCCUGAGGCUCGCACAGCGCAGCCUCCACUCCACAAGGAGAGUGUGUUCAAAUCCACAAGAUUGAGGAAAGGGGAGAUGGAGAUAUUAUGGUGUCAUAUUUUCUUUGUUUUAGGUUUACCAGGUCCUAUCCUAUUCCCUUCCUUUUGCUCAGAUACAGUGGAUUAGUGCUGGCCUUAGAAUAGACAACCGCGCGUGUCCCCACGCAGUUUAAUAGGGAUCACCAAGAGAGCCCCGCAUGUAAAUAGCUAGCCGUGGAUUCUACCAGCCACCAUUUUGUCUCCCUGAAGAAGAAGGAAAAAAGAGAAGAAAGAAAUAAAAAGAAAGGAAGAAAGAAAGAAACACAAGCAGUAGCAAUGCACUCUGCGACAGAAGUGGCAUGGAAGGGGGGAAUAUUUCCGUGACUUGGCAGUGAGAGGUGGCCAAAACCCAGAUCCUCAGAGGACUCAGAGAGGCAAGCGAGCAAGCUGCCACAAAAGGGCCCAGUGCACCGUGCGUUUGAGUGGAAGAAUGGGGCUCACUUUUCACACUGCAUGUGGGCAGUCAGUAAAUCCUUCAACUGCAAAAGAGUAUUUUCACCCAGCGUAGCGUGGGGGGAAGAAAAGGGACGUGUAGGCGGAGGUAUAAGACUUGCCUCCCGAAAAGGAGACAAGGGGACUUCAAACGUGGACAAGAGAAAGCUCAAGGGAGAGCAAGAUGGAUGAGAAGGCGUCCCUCUUUUUUUGUUUUUGUUUGUUUUUCUUUUGAGGAAGUCGUUUAUUUUCUUUGCCUCUUAUUUAUGCCAGGCUAUUUAUUAUUUUGACAGAUGAAAUGACAAGCCUUUUCUAUCGAUGAAGAUGAGCCUCUGUUUGGGAGACAAUUAACUGUGAAGGAGCGUUAAAAACAUUCUUUGACCAGUGGCCCUCUCCGUCUUUUCUCAUGAGGGUGUUAGGGUAAGGCCGCGCCGGGCCGACAAAAAAAGAGCAAAGAGCAUGUCGAGGCUCAAGAACUGAACUGAAUCUUCUCUUCAUCUGGAGUGACUGGCCUGAGGCCAUCUCUGAAGCUUGGAGAACACCUUCUCCUUCAACACGACAACCUUCAACACAUUCAUUUUCACAGCAAAGAUGGUGCACUUGGUCUAAAGGGAGACUAGAACCAAAGGACAAUCCCUGCAAUCCUGGCACCGAAACACCAACUUGGUAACUCACAAAUUACAAUGCUGAGUUUUCGGAGGUAGUAAGGAGUCUACCAACCCUCUAGUUUGCUGUGAAAUGCUUACAUAAAUAAAUAAAAAAAUACCAGCAUCAGAAAUAAACAUGUAAUUUGGGACUAGUGGGUGGGUCCGUUCUGGAUUUAAUCUGGCCUCUAAUCUUGCAAGCGAUGCAAAAAAUCAAGAGGCCUAACAGUCGCGUUUGAGUCACUCUGUGCCUCUUUGCGGUCUCUGUGUCGGUUUGCUUGGGCAGUGUUUGACGAGAUGUGGACCCUGACAUCAUCAUUCUCGUUAAAAACCAUGGGAAUAAACCAAAGUGACAGAAGUGAGAGUUAAAUUUGAAGCACGCGAUACGUCUGACCUCAAACACCCCCAUUUCCCAACUAAACGGAAUAGCUUUUCAUUUUAGCCCUCUCAACAGGCAUUUUUCUUAUUGCACACUGGUAUCAAUCUGUUGCUAUUGGAAUGAUCAAGUUUAUUAUCAGGUUGGGAGAUGUGUGUUUAUGCACCGUGACCCAUAGGUCAUAGGAUGGAGAUUUUAUACUACUCAAAGCUGAAACGUACAGAUCUUCAAGCACCUUAUCUGCCUUCUGUCUGAACACAGCUGACAGUGCACCAGUAGAAAUGUCAUCUGGCAGCAGUUUUUUUUUUUCAUUAUCUUAUAUUUGUUGUUACAUUGUACAGUGUGUUGUUCAGAUAAAAAUAAGCAAUUCAUUAUAUUUCAUGUACUGAUGUUGCAGCUAUAUUUAACCUUCAUCAAUUCUUUACUGUUUUUUACAUUCAAUAUUUCUUAAUGGAUAUAAAAGUGGCAUUGUGGAAUAUUAUGGAGCAAAGAAAUAUUUCGCUUUCGGGGGAAUUAUUUUUAAACCGUUAUUAUUCCGAAGUUAGUUCAUCGUUUUCAGUUUUGGCAAGUUUUGUUUUUAUACAAAGCACCAAAAAUAAACCAACCAUGGCGGCAUCAAAUGUCAAGAAUACUGUUUACAUAAAGUCACAGAAAAAAAUGUUUUAUCACUGCAAAUAUUCUGCUUUAAAUAAAACACGAA